AUGGUUCAAAAUCGCUGGCGGAGCCAAAGCCAGAGUGGUGGAAGAGGCCCUCCAGUUGGCUCCGAAGACGGGAGCUUGUUUGGAGAUCGGGACCUAUGUGGGCGGCCAUCUCAGCUGGUUCGUCCAAUGAAGGAAGGCUUGAAAUCAUCUCUUCGUUUUGUUAUAUACGCCCCCUGA